AUGUCGCUUGAAGAAAAGUUUCCGGCAUAUGGUGGUCGUGGGCCGGGCGAUUUGCGCCUCGGCAUUUCCUUGGCUAUCAUUGCCACCGUCUUCAUGGCUAUGCGUGUUUAUGUGCGGUUGUUUAUGAACAAAUUUGGCACUACCGCCCUGAUGUGGUCACUCGCUGCUUGGUUGCUUACUGCUAUUACUCAAGUCUUUGGAAUCCUUUCCGUCCUCCAUGGUCUCGGAAACCAUAUCACACUCAUUAUCAAAGUCGGCGAACUACACAACUUCCUUCUUUUUACCUGGGUUACCGUCUUCUUCUUCAAUCUUGCCAUUCCAACCGGUAAAGUGGCUGUCGCGGCAUUCCUGAUUGAAAUGAAUGGACAAAGCAACCCGAAAAUCAGAAAGAGCUUGAUCGCCGUCGCCGUCCUAAACAUCGUUCUCAACAUACCCCAAGUCUUGAUGGUAUGGUUCCAAUGCACCCCGGUCACCGCGCUCUGGGAUCCUCUGCAACAGGAUAAAUGUGACCACCGCAAGAGCGUAUAUUAUACAUACUUCGUCGGUGCCAUCGCCGCCCUUUCGGAUAUCUAUCUCGCCAUUGUCCCUAUUCAUAUGCUCCUGCCUCUAAAGAUUGAUCGAAAGCUCAAGUGGGGUCUGAGUUUCCUCAUGGGCUGCGGUGUCUUUGCGGGUGUAGCUGCUAUCCUUCGUACAUGGGCUGCCAAAUUCAUUCUGAGUGAAGACUCUUCUUACGGCGUUGGCAUUCUGUUCUGCUGGGGUGAAGUUGAGGAGUGGCUUGUCCUAAUCACCAUGUCCAUCCCACCAGUCUGGCCUCUCUUCAGACCCUUCACCAAUCGCUUCAUCAAGUCGACUAUCACGGGAAGCAAGCGAAAGAGCUACAUGUACAACUACAAGGCGCCAUAUAGCACGACAGCGGUCGGUGAUCAAUCACCGGGAUUCCCACCUCCCAUGUCGCCAGGAUUCCCUCCCCCUAUGGUCACCACUACCAUAUCUAUCUCUUCAGCGAAGGAUGGCGCUACUACUAUUGUGCCAUCGGAAACGGGUUCGCGACUAUCAGAUGAGCGGAUACCACACAGCAUUCUACACGACAAGAGUUCGUCUACAACUUGGGUCGAGUUGUCCCCAGUGAAAGACCCACGGCGCUCACCUUGA